AGCAAGCAUUCACAUCCAAUUGUCUUUCAUCCACCAUCCUUUCUUUCUUCAAGCCCACAGUUCAUACUCCACAAGUAUGAAGAGAGAGGGUCGCCAGCACGGGAUGGUCCGAUCCUACCGGAUCUUGCCAGCCCCCUUGAACCCGAGACCCAAUUCCCGGUUCGUCAACAGGUUUGAGUCGCCCCCAGCAGCGGGGCUGUUCGUGAAAGUGCCGUCGAGGCCGACCAAUCACUCCAAGUUCACGGGCAAGUGCACUAGGCCACGCUGCACCGAUUGCCAUUUGCACCCGGCCUGUAAGUCUAAGGACAAGACCAAAGGGAACAACAAAAACAAGUCUUUCAACGUCGUCUCGAGUCACCAGUUUAUCUCUUGGCGGGUCGUGGAUGGGCAGCCCGGUUUGAACUAUUCCGGGUUCUCUGCCACGGGGUUAGCGGAUCAUUUGGCACAUGCUUACAAGGAUUACGAUGAUGAGGAAUGCGAACCUGGAAAUGAUUAUGAACGUGACGAUUACAAGGAUGGUGAUCAUUUCUCCAGCCCAACUGCGGACGGAUUGAAACACAAGGAUCAUGACGGCAGCAACAACGAUGGCAGAGAAGAUGAUGACGACAAAUUAAGCUUUUGCGAAGUCGGGUUUGAAUGGAAUCAAGUUGAAGAUGGUUGGUGUAUGAUUGGAGAAAUAGACAAUCCGUGAUGUAGUGCCACUGUCGUUUUUUAAUUAUAAAAGCCAGUAUGUGUAUUAUUCAAA